AUGUCUGAAUCAAUUGAAACAGAAAAAGAAACUACGGAAAUUGGUAUUAUAGGUUUGGGUGGAAUGGUUAAUGUUUGUGACCUACCUUCAAAAUACGAAGAAUUCAAAAAGGAUUUAAAAGAUAGUGGCUUGAGUGUCCUUAAAGAUGGACAUGCAGUUUCCCGAAGAAGUGACUUUAUUAUUUAUUCAGUUGAAGCAGGAAAGAUUGAUCAAGUAGUUGCUGAAUAUGGGCCAUCUACAAAAAUUGAAGCAGUUGUUGCUGGACAGACAUCGGUGAAAGAAAUUGAAAUUAAAGCAUUUGAAAAACAUUUACCACAUGAUGUUCAUAUUGUCUCAUGCCACUCACUUCAUGGGCCUACUGUGAUGAUUAGAUAUAAGGCAACAUUAGAAAAAUUUGAAUUUACAAAAAGAGUCUUGUCAUGUUUAGGAUCAAAGAUGGUAGAGUUGACAUAUGAAGAACAUGAUAAAAUUACAGCUGAUACUCAGGCUGUUACUCAUGUUGCAUUUUUAAGUAUGGGAACUGCUUGGAAAACUCAAAGAACCUUUCCUUGGGAAACACCACAACAUGUUGGUGGAAUAGAAAAUGUCAAAGUUCACAUGGCAUUAAGAAUUUAUUCCAACAAAUGGCAUGUUUAUGCAGGAAUAGCAAUUAUGAAUCCUAGUGCAAAGGUUCAAAUAGAACAGUAUGCACAAUCUGUAUCAGACUUAUUUAAAUUAAUGAUCCAAGAAAAAGAAGCAGAAUUUACCAAAAGGGUUAAAGAAGCUGGUAAAUUUAUAUUUGGAAAUUCAACAUCAUCUCCAAUAUUAUUAUCAGAUCGUGUAUUAGAUAAAUUUUCAUUGUCCAUUGUACCAAAAGAAAAACGAAAACCAAAUUCUCAUUUAUCUUUAUUAGCAAUGACUGAUUGUUGGUAUCAAUUAGGAAUAAAUCCAUAUGAACAUAUGGUUUGUCAAACCCCAUUAUUUAGGCUUUGGACUGGAAUAACAGAGUAUUUGUUUCGUAAUGAUGAGAUGCUAAAUGGGGCAAUUCAUUCAGCUUUGUAUAGUAAAGAAAUAAGAGCGGAUGAUAUGGAAUUUUAUAGUGCUUCAAAAGGUUGGGCAGAAUGUGUGAAUAUUGCUAAUAUGGUUGCUUAUCAAAAAAGAUUUGAGGAUACUGCAAAAUUCUUUGAAUCUAGGUAUUUAAUUGAUUGA